AUGGUAAACAGCAGCGAAGCUAAGCUUUCGGAAGAGAAGGUAGAAGAUGUCGGGAGCAGAUAUUUUCUGCCCCGAAACAUGGAGGAAGCAAAGCGAAUGCAAAACCAGCAUGAAUGGCUGAAAGGAGGUGCCAAUGGCUUAGUCUUAGCGCCGAUUGAUUUAGGUCGUUCAAGAAUGCGAGUUCUCGACGCCGCUACUGCAGAUGGCUACUGGAUGCAGGAUGCCAAACCUAUCUUCCCCAAAGAUACAGAGUUUGUUGGUUUUGACAAUGCUCCCGAAGGAUAUCCCUCUCUCAACAGCAUUCCUCCACUACAGAUAGUGAAGCAAAACUUGGUAGAGGAGUUCCCUGCAGCGUGGAAAAACACCUUCGACUUCGUUCACCAGCGGUUCGUCAUUCCUUUAUUCAAGACAGAAGAGGUUCCACUGGUACUUUGCAACUUGAUUGGGUGCUUGAAGCAGGGAGGUUGGAUCCAGCUUGUUGAAAUGGACUUCCAGACCCCAGUGUCUAAACAUAUCGAGUCAUUGCCAGCUGUCCAGGCAAUCCACAAGUUGACUAGCACAGUGGUCUCAGACCCACUUGCUUCAACAAAGCUGGCGAGUCGGUUGAAGGACGAAGGACUCAUUAAUGUAGGAUACAAGGCAAUUGACAUGGUUGCUGGCUCGUCGCAUCCUGAUCCCGAACUGGGCAAGCGAGGACAGGAAAAUAUGUUGUCGGUUCUUGGAUUUUUCCAAUCAGUGGCCAGACCUGAGAUGAUUGAGAUGACGGAAGAAGAAUGGAAGACUUUGCCCCAGCGCUUUUCUGAGGAAAUGAAGAACCACCAUGUUGCCCUGAGGGUUUACUUUAUAUGGGGUCAGAAGCCAGAGUGA